UUGUCUAAUACUUUCUCAUUGAGAAUGAGGCUCGUCCCCCUGUCGCUUCAUCUCUCUCUCUCUCUCUCUCUCUCUCUCUCUCUGUGUGUGUGUGUGUGAGUUGUGAACUGAUCGAGAGCAGAUGUGAGAGUGUGGAUGUUUUCUGCGGGUUGGAAUGGAAAUGUGUAUGGUGGUGAAGUGUAGUGAGGUCGGAUCGUCUUUUUUAGCGUCAGUGUGUGUCCCGUUUUUCUGAAGAACACACACACACACACACACACACACCGGCAUCAGCACCAGGAUGACAGGUCAGGCUGCAGUAGAGCGCUCUGUGUCCUCUAACCGUCUCUCUGUGAGGAGCAGACUAGAGGAUGAAGCAGAAAGAGCUGAAAGUGCCAUCAGCAGGUCUGAUGGAGAUGAUGAUACAAGUUCAGAGCUGCAGCGUGUUGCUGCUCUUGAGCUUCCAAGUGCAGAAAUGCUUGAAGCCUUCAGGCAGAGGAGACCGCUGUCCAGGUUGGUGAAUCUGGUGGUGUCUCUGAGAGAAUGGGCUCAUAAGAGUUUAGUAGAGGAGGAGCAGAGACCCGAUUCUUUUCUUGAACGGUUCCGAGGGCCCCAGGCUGCAAACGACCAAACAGCUGCCUCUGCAGAAGCCUCCAAGAAAACCUUCAAGGAGAGGUGGGAAGGCUUUGUCGUAUCCCAGUCUGAUGAUAUUUAUUAUUAUUGGCUGUUCUUCAUCGCCUUGGCGUCGCUCUAUAACUGGGUCAUGCUGGUUGCCAGAGCGUGUUUUGAUAAACUACAAGAUGAGAACUUCUUCCUGUGGGUGGGGCUGGACUACAUCUGCGACAUCAUUUACAUACUGGACACCUGCAUUCGAUUGAGGACAGGAUACCUCGAGCAAGGUCUGCUGGUGAAGGACCUGGCCAAGCUGAGAGACAACUACAUUCACACUCUGCAGUUCAAACUGGACGUUCUGUCCAUCCUGCCCACAGAGCUGCUCUUCUUCGUCACGGGGUACGUACCCCAACUUCGCUUCAACCGCCUGCUCCGCUUCUCGCGCAUGUUUGAGUUCUUCGAUCGCACCGAGACGCGCACCAACUACCCCAACGCCUUUCGCAUUUGCAAUCUUGUCCUCUACAUCCUGGUCAUCAUCCACUGGAAUGCCUGCAUCUAUUACGCCAUUUCCAAGGCCUUGGGGCUCAGCUCAGAUUCGUGGGUGUAUUCUGACGUGAACAAAACCCUAGUGUUCAGCUAUGUGUACUGCUUCUACUGGUCCACGCUAACACUGACCACCAUCGGAGAAAUGCCCCCUCCAGUGAAGGAUGAGGAGUACGUCUUUGUAGUAUUUGACUUCUUGGUAGGCGUGCUGAUCUUUGCCACCAUCGUAGGUAACGUGGGUUCCAUGAUCGCCAACAUGAAUGCUACAAGAGCUGAGUUCCAGGCGCGCAUCGAUGCCAUCAAGCACUACAUGCACUUCCGCAAGGUCAACCGCACCCUCGAGACACGUGUUAUCAAGUGGUUCGACUAUCUCUGGACCAACAAGAAAGCCGUGAACGAACAGGAGGUGCUGAAGAACCUUCCAGAUAAGCUACGGGCUGAAAUUGCUAUCAAUGUCCACCUGGAGACGCUGAAGAAAGUCCGCAUUUUUCAGGACUGCGAAGCCGGACUUCUGGUAGAGCUGGUCCUGAAACUGCGUCCCCAAGUGUACAGUCCUGGGGACUACAUCUGCAGGAAAGGUGACAUUGGGAAGGAAAUGUACAUCAUUAAGGAAGGGCAGCUAGCCGUGGUGGCGGACGAUGGUGUCACACAAUUCGCAUUGCUAACUGCUGGCGGUUGUUUCGGUGAAAUUAGCAUCCUUAACAUUCAAGGUAGCAAGAUGGGCAACCGACGGACGGCUAACAUACGUAGCAUCGGCUACUCUGACCUCUUCUGCCUCUCGAAAGACGACCUAAUGGAGGCUGUGAUAGAGUAUCCAGACGCUCAGAAGGUUCUGGAAGAGCGUGGAAGGGAAAUCCUGAGAAAGCAGGGCCUCCUGGAUGAGAGUGUAGCAGCUGGAGGGCUAGGCGUAAUAGACACAGAGGAAAGAGUGGAGCGCUUGGAUGCAUCUCUGGACAUCCUGCAGACACGCUUCGCCCGCUUGUUAGGGGAAUUCACGAGCACUCAGCGCCAUCUCAAGCAACGAAUCACAGCGCUGGAGAGGCAGCUCUGUCACACGGGACUCGGGCUGCUGUCGGACCAUGAGGUGGAAGGAGAACACGCCGGUAUUCCUACACAUACACAUACACGUGCGGACGUACACACACAACCCGAAACACACACAUGGACCAUGGCUGAACCCACGUCUGAAGAGGAGAAGUAAAUCAGAUGUAAAACUGCUUUGAUACAUAUAUUAAUGAAGCCAAUAUUUUUACUUUUUACUCUUUGCAUGUACUGUAUGUUUGUAAGAUUGUACGUAUGUAUGUUUGUAUAUAUGUUUGUCUGACUAAAAGAUUCAUCUUUUUUAAACCAAUCGUGUGUAGCAGCUGAAGUACUGGAACGUUCUGUAGCUUGUGUAUGUUCUUUGCCCAAGCCCAUGUAUGACUGACCCCAUAAAGUGAAAUAGCUAGGUCUCAAACCAUUUAUUAGGUAAAGAAGUGAGGGGUGUGUACUCAUAAUAAACUACAUGUGAAUGAAAAACAACAUAAAUUUCUGGUUUCUUAAGUGUAGA